CUGAAAGAGUACUAAUAAAUGGCAUGCGAUAGUAAAUAAUAAUAAAUAAUAUGAAUGGUCUAUUGUAUACAUUAUUAAAUAAUACAAAUAUACUCGUUAUAUCAGCUGCAAUUUGUUUCAAACAUGAAACCUAAGCUCCAUGUCCUGAAGCUACAAUUUCCAACUGCGUCAAUGGCGUGUUGUUGACAUUUCCCCAAAGACGAACGCAGUUGCCUGGAAGCAAUGUCCGCGUCCUUUCUGGAAUUACGUUCUCAUCGGUGCACCAGAUGUAUUUACACGCCCGUCUAAACGGACCUCAGCAAGUCUAAUGAAGUCUUCUCAGAUUAGAUAGGGGAAGCUCUGGUGACUGGGGAGAAGGGAUUUCUGGAUCAUCCCACAAUGAUAUCCAAGCUGCCUUCUGGAAGGUAGAAGCAUGAAUUCUUUCAGAUACACACAUACGCUAGGUCACUGUUUAUCAAAACACUGCCCAGAGAUAUGCUGUAGAUGAAGAUAUAUGCUACUGACUGCAUUCCGAGAAACAAACUGCCGCUCUUUGAAACCGAGGUCAUGUUUUUGUGAAGUUCUACAUACGUUACCGUUUGCUCAAGUAUUUACAAGACACGAUGUCGCUGAUUCCAGGAAUAACUUCACAAGCUACAAACGACGUCGGCUUCGUCCUGUUCGUCGUGUUCGGCGUCCUCAUCGCCUUCAACAACCUCCUCGUCAUUCUCGUCGUCGUGUGUUCCCGAAAACUACGGAAUUCCACGAAGCACAUCCUCGUAGCGAACCUCGCGUUCGGAGACCUGCUCAUGGGCGUGUUCGUGUGUCCGAUGUACGCCGACCUCACGUUCAGAGGGGAGUGGAUCCACCCCUGCAAUGUUCUAAACAGCCUGGGUCUCGCACACAUAUCCCUGAUCCCCUCGGUGACAUCCCUGGCUCUGUUCGUCAUAAACAUGGACUAUAUUCUAGGAAUCGGCUGUUUCUUCUACUCCUGCGACACGUCCAGAAACGUCAUGGCGGCCAUAUUGGCGUUGUUACCAUGGGUCUUGUCGUCGUGUGUUCUAAUUCCUUUGUAUAUCCUAGCAACAGUGCCCAGUCUAGCCUACAUAAGGAAUCCGUGCAUCAGAACUCUAGAGGGUGGGCCGCUAGAAACCGUUUUCAUUUUAGUCUGUUUUAUUCCCCAGGCGGUUUUAAUCAUGAUUACGCUGAUUGCGGCCGUGUCUCUAUACUUUGUUAAAAGACGAUCAACGGGGCUGGACAUGUCGGGGGAACGAAUUCGCGCGCCGGUAGAUAUUGUUUUGGCCAGUUUCGCCACCAUUUUGUUCUACACGCCAUUUUUCCUGUUGCUGGCGACAGCCAAUAAGAUCUCGUGUCAGUCCAAGUCAGAGUGCUCUGCCCUUUACUGGAUUCGCGUGCUCAGCGUGUGGCUACUGUUUGUCAAGUCUUUGAUGGUUCCUCUGUGUUGGCUGUUUUGUCCAAACGUCAGGGCAGGCUUCAGAAGCAAGCGGUGUUGUUAAUUAGGUUUGUUUUAUUCUAAUAGGCUAGUUAAAUAGAUCACAAGUUAGAUCUGUUACUCUUUAACUAUGAACCAUCAAUUCAAUUCAUUUGGUUUACGUGCACAUUCAGAACAAGUUGUUAUAGCACACGCCUGUCUUGGGCGUAGGUUCUGAACACUGACAACUCCUUCGUCCGAGACAGGUAAAACAUUAGCAACUUAAGUAUACUCUAUACAUGGCACUGGCGUAGGAAACGGGGGGGGGGGGGGGGGGGGGGGGGCACAUGCUCCAACUUAAGUAUACUCUAUACAUGGCACUGGCGUAGGAAACGGGGGGGGGGGCACAUGCUCCCCACUUUUCAGAUAUUUUGCUUUAUAUUUGCUUUAUAAUAGUGUAAAAGUGUAUAAAUAUAAAAGUAUCCCCCCCCCCCACACCUUUUUGGCACCUUCCUACGCCACUGCAUGGGCGCCAGUUAAGUAUAUGGUAGCUGUAUAUAUUUAAAAUAUUGGUAUUUGCUAUGAUGUAUUUUAUUUGUAGAAAACAUAAAACUGCAUUUUAGAACAUCAAGGUCGAAACAUUUUCCGCAGGAGUAUGUCCACGAACCGCGGUAGAAUUGACGUAACCAAACCAGAGUUCAGCUCAACAUUUUAAUACAAAGUCCUACAUUGUUUGUGUUUAAUAUUCAUGAUUCUAAUUGCAACGAAUUAUUUGAUUGGAUCGUACAGAUCCAACAUGACUGUAGUGUUUGUAUAUAUAUAUUCAUCGUAUACACUAAUAUACAAAUGUUAUAUGUAGCGUGGAAAAUACAUCGAAAACAUUUUGCAUUUAUCAGCAUUUGUAAUAAAUAAUUUUACUUUCAAAACGUCAAGUUUUUAUUAUGUUUUCGGAGAAGUCUAUAUGUUACAAGUGUUUCAAUAAAUUUGUUGAUGUAAUAUGUUAUGUAUUUCUACUUUUGAACAACAAAUA